CUAUAGUGUAGUUGAUUGGAACUUGCCUGAACGGUUAAUGGUAAAGAAAUUGGCAUUAUUGAUGAAAUGAUAUUGCUGGUGUAGAAAAGCCUUCUCUGCUUCUCUGACCAGUCUGUGUUGUGUACCAAAGGGAAAGAGAAGAUCUUCUCUACAAGAUUUUCCAUGGGUAACCUUCUUUAUCUUAUGAUCAUCUCCUUCUUAUUGUUCCUUACAACUACCCAUGCAAAAUCAAAUCAUCGUUGUCCACCUUCUUCUUGUGAUAAUAUCAUCAACAUAACUACUCCUUUCCGACUUAACACCGAUCCAAAACACUGUGGCAACUCUCGUUAUAAGCUUUACUGCGAGAACAAUCUUACUGUGUUACACAUAAAUCAUGUCAAAUACUUUGUGCGGUCAAUCAAUUAUGCCAACUACACAAUUCGAGUUGUGGACUCCAAUGUUGACAGGAACAAUUGCUCCACCUUUCCAUCUCCAACAUAUUCCCGUCGCUACAAGUACUUUACAAAGAUUAUAGCAAUCUUGAAAUGUGAGAAUCCAAUAGUGAAUUCCUCUGAUUAUAUAGACACCGCUCCUUGCAACAUUGGUGAAUAUUCAGAAACCAAAACUACUACUGCUGCUGAUCUUUAUUAUUAUUAUGUGGUCGAUGGUGGCUUUAAGGUUUCUGAUUUGGCGAUUGGGUGCCGCACGGAGCUAAGGACCUUCGUAUCGAAUCAGACAGUGGUGAAUGGGAGGACUACUUCUUAUGUGGACUUUCACAACCACCUUGCUUAUGGUUUUGAGCUUUCAUGGUUGAACUCACUUCUCGCACACGAUAAGGAUCGCUGCAUCAUCGAGGAUUCGAACGAUUUGCGAUGUGCUUCGUGGGCUCCAUCAUUAAUGAUUUUCUUGGGCAUUAUAGGCUCUUCAAUAUAUGUGCUUGCAGCACAUGCAGGACUAAAAUUUAUAUUGGGGACUCCAUUUGUAGUUGCAUUUUUAAUCUAUGAAUGGCGAAGGCGUCAUUUAUCAAUGUAUAAUUCUAUUGAGGAGUUUCUUCGUACACAAAAUAACCUCAUUCCUAUAAGAUACUCAUUCAGAGAGAUAAAAAAGAUGACCCAAAAUUUCAAGAACAAAUUAGGUGAAGGAGGUUAUGGUUCUGUAUUCAAAGGAAAGCUUCGUAGUGGUCGUAUUGUUGCAGUUAAGAUAUUGAGUAAAUCCAAAGGAAAUGGGCAAGACUUCAUCAAUGAAAUUGCUACAAUUGGAAGAAUUCAUCAUGUUAAUGUCGUUCAUUUGAUAGGCUUUUGUGUCCACUCCUCAAAGCAUGCUCUUGUGUAUGAUUUCAUGGCUAAUGGAUCUUUGGAAAAAUAUAUAUUUUCUCAAGAAGGAGGAGUUAUCUCCUUAAGUUGCAAGCAAAUUUUUGAAAUUUCACUUGGUGUGGCACAUGGAAUUGAUUACAUACACCAAGGAUGUUACAUGCAAAUUUUACACUUUGAUAUUAAACCCCACAACAUUCUGUUGGAUGAAAAUUUUAUUCCAAAAGUUUCUGAUUUUGGGUUAGCAAGAUUGUGCCCAUUAGAAAAAAAUAAUAUGUCUUUAACUGCAGCAAGAGGAACCUUAGGAUACAUAGCACCAGAGCUAUUUUACAAAAAUAUUGGAGGAGUUUCUAAUAAAGCUGAUGUGUAUAGUUUUGGAAUGUUACUGAUGGAAAUGGCAGGUAAAAGAAAAAAUAUAGACGCAGUUGCAGAAAAUACGAGCCAGAUUUACUUUCCUUCAUGGGCAUAUGAUCAAUUAAGUCAAGGAAAAAAUGUAGACGUAGCAACAACAGAUACAGAUGGGGAAAAUUCAAAAAUUAUAAAGAAGAUGGUUAUAGUAGCAUUAUGGUGUAUACAACCAAAGCCAAGUGAUCGCCCUCCAAUGAACAAAGUCAUAGAAUUGCUUGAAGGAGAAGUUGAAUGUCUACAAAUGCCUCCUAAACCUUCCCUAUGUGAACUAGAGAAGUCGAUUGAGCAUGUUCAAGAAUCAUUGUAUUCAGUUCAGUCAACAAUACCAUCAUUAACACUCCCAAGAUAAGUUCAAAUCUACAUCCAAAUGAUUGGCAUUUGCAGCCGUUGCACUUCUUUUUUUUUUUAAUUUUUUAUAGAUAUUGUUGGUUUUUAUCUUUGCUAUGUCAAAAUAUUGUUGCAAGCUUGGAAGAAGAAAAAAACACUUUUUAAUAGGUAAUUUGUGUGACAAUAAAUAAUAGAUCGAUUAGUUAAAUUAAUA